CUCCCAGUCUGCUCCAGGGAGGGGGGAAACUGCAGAGCAAUGGCUGCACUGUGUCAACAUCUCCAAUGUGUGUGACCAGGGCGCCGCUCCUACGUGUCAGUUCAGCCCGGGACGGCAAGCUGCAGAGGGUCUAUUUGGAGAAUGCCAAGCACCGUACUGUGGGCGUCUGAUAUUUGGGGCAAGGUUUACACGCUAUCCACAGAUGGGCAGCAGUGGGAACUGUGUAAGGACGGACAGCUGGAGUUCAAGCGGCUUUCUGCCGUUCAAGCAUGCUGCUGGGGAAUAGCCUGCAACCAUCAGACCUACGUCUACGUACAUACCAGCGAUUUACCCAUCCGAUAUCAAGAAGAGACAUAUGAGAAUCAGCGCUGGAAUCCAGUGGACGGGUUUUGUGACAGGCUUCUGCCCAGUGACCGCUGGCAGUGGAGUGACGUCACCGGUCUGAAACACCAACCUCUGGACAGCUUUAAUCUACCCUCAUCACACUGGGAGUGGGAGUCAGAUUGGUAUGUGGAUGAGAACAUAGGAGGAGAACCCACAGAGAAAGGGGGCUGGACUUACGCUAUAGAUUUCCCUGCAACAUACACAAAGGAUAAGAAGUGGAAUUCUUGUGUCCGGCGCAGAAGAUGGAUCCGUUACAGAAGAUACAAGUCUAGAAACAGCUGGGCAAAGAUUCCCUCGCACAUUGAUAAAGAACAAUUGCCAGAUCCUUUCAAUGACAUAUCAGUUGGAGGAUGGGACAUCAUCGAUGAACCUGUGGGACGUCUCUCUAUUUGGGCAGUCUCUUUGCAGGGGAAGGUUUGGUACAGAGAGGAUGUCUGCCAUGCCAAUCCUGAAGGAUCAUCCUGGUCAGAAAUAGAAACGCCUAGUGAGGUCAUACAGAUAAGCUGCGGCCCCGACGACCUCUUAUGGGCUGCUUUAUGGGAGGGACAGGCCAUUGUAAGGAAAGGUAUCGGCAGGAAUAACCCUAAAGGUGUUUCCUGGGAGAUUGUGGAAGCCCCCAUACCCGGAGAUAGGAUCAUGCAUGUGUCAGUUGGUGUUCACGUGGUUUGGGCUGUGACUAAGGAACGCAAAGUGUGGUUUCGUAGAGGAGUAAACUCACACAACCCAUGUGGUACUAGUUGGAUUGAAAUGGUGGGAGAACUGGCAAUGCUCAGCGUUGGACUGAACGAUCAGGUCUGGGGCAUCGGAUAUGAAGACAGAGCAGUAUAUUUCCGGCAAGGUGUUACCCCAAGCGAGCUCAGUGGAAAAAUGUGGAAAGCCAUUUUGGUUCCCAGAGAAAGUGACAGGUCAAACUCUGGAAGUGUCUCAAGCAUCAACAGUGCUGGCUGUUUCUUUGGAGAUGAAGUGAGGGGUCAAACAGAUUCACUCGUCCACUCAGAUAUAGAUUCAGAAGCAGAACAACCACAAGUACAAGAGUCAUGUUCCAGAAAUUUGGAAGUGAAGGACAUCACUAGCCCAAGUGCAGAUCUACCUUUGGACUCCCAAGAAGAAGCCAGUUCCAGUUGUGCUGAAUUGCCUGCAAACUGCAAGAUGACCAGAGCUCCCCAGUGGAGCAGCAUUGAUUUGGUUGAAGCUCGCAUCAAUUUACUCCAACCAACAGAUGACGCUGCCAACCUGUCUGUAUUUGAGACCUUCCCCGAAGGAACUGAAGAUUCUUUUGGAAGAGAUACAUUUCCUUUGUGGACAUGGGUUUCUGGAGGAAGUUGUUUUGUGGACUCUCACAGCUCACUUAAAUGGUUCACUCGGCAAACAGGUUUAGCAACCAGUAUGCAGUCAAUGUCAUUGUCUAUCACCCCGGCAAAUACAGCGAUGUGGAGGAAACAGAUAUUUGAGCAGCUCAGUGAACGCACAAAGCGAGAACUGGACAGCUUCAGACACUACGAGCCCGCCGUAGAUCAGUCGGUAUGGGUAAAGACAGGCACUUUACAGUGGUGGAGAGACUGGAAACCUUACAAAUGGAUUGAUGUCCGGGUGGCUCUUGAGCAGGUGACAGCAAAUGAUGGAUCCAAAGACAGCAUCCUCUUCAUUUACUACACCCACUAUGAGGAGAAGAAGUAUUUGCACUUAUUCCUCAAUGAAAUCACUAUUAUAGUGCCAGUUCUUAAUGAUGCUAAACACUCGUUUGCCAUUUACACUCCAGAGAAGACAAAGCAGAGGUGGCCCGUGCGCCUGGCAGCUGCUACCGAGCAGGAGAUGCAUGACUGGCUCAGUCUUUUGAAUAGGUCUUGCUGUGAAAUCAGAAAAGUGCAAGAUCCUCCUUCUCACCAGGCAAUCUGGUCAAUUACCUGUAAAGGGGACAUAUUUGUGAGUGAACCAGCGUCAGACUUGGAGUUUCUGACCAGCACACGAUUGUGUGACCAAAUGUAUUGGCAUCAGAUAGGAGGACACCUGAAGCUGGUGGAGAGCAGCAGCUGUGGUGUUGUGUGGGGCAUCGGUCAUGAUCACACAGCGUGGGUUUAUACUGGAGGCUAUGGCGGAGGGUUCAUGCAAGGGUUGGACAGCAGCACAAAUAACAUCUUUCCCCAGUCCGACACUAAGUGCGUGUACAUCUAUGAAAAUCAGAGAUGGAACCCCAUCACUGGAUACAGCAGCACUGGACUGUUAACUGACAGAUACAUGUGGAGCGAUGUGAGCGGAUUACAGGAGUGCACAAAGACGAAUAUGAAGCCUCCAUCACCUCAGUGGUCCUGGGUCUCUGACUGGUAUGAAGAUUUUAAUGUCUCUGGAGGAACCGAUCAAGAUGGGUGGCAGUAUGCAGCAGACUUCCCAGCGUCUUAUCAUGGCUACAAGACCAUUAAAGAUUUUGUGAGACGAAGACGCUGGGCAAGAAAAUGCAAAAUCGUGACCAGUGGACCAUGGCUAGAAGUCCCCCCAAUUUUGUUGAGAGAUGUCUCCAUAUUUCCAGGAAGAGUAACCAGGGAUGAUGAAGAAGACAUUGCGCUGUGGGCCAUCAGCAGCAAGGGUGACGUUCUCUGCCGCCUCGGUGUCACAGCGCAGACUCCAUCGGGUUCCUCGUGGCUCCAUGUUGGCACAGAUCAGCCAUUCGUUUCACUGUCAGUAGGAGGAUGCCUGCAGGUGUGGGCUGUAGCGCGUGAUGGAUCUACCUUCUAUCGGGGUUCGGUGUCCUCCAGUCAACCAGCAGGAGACUGCUGGUAUCACAUUCCCUCUCCACCGAAGCAGAAGCUACAACAAGUCUCUGUAGGACAGACAUCUGUGUUUGCCGUUGAUGAAAAUGGUAAUUUAUGGUUUCGACAAGGCAUCACACCAAGUUACCCUCAAGGAUCAACCUGGGAACACGUGUCAAACAACAUCCGCAAGGUGUCUGUAGGUCCCCUUGAUCAAAUAUGGGUGAUCGCAGAUAAAGUCCAGGGCAGCCACAGUCUGAGUUGUGGUACUGUCUGUCAUCGUUUAGGGGUUCAGCCAAUGGCCCUAAAAGGACAGUCCUGGGAUUACGGGAUUGGGGGAGGCUGGGAGCACGUGACAGUCAGGGGCAAUGCAGGCUACCACAGCGUCCAUUCUGAAACCAGUUCCACAAAGACCAUAAACGUCGGCGCAGAUGACAAAAAGAAAGACCCAGCAGCGUCUGAUGAGUGUGAACAACCAAGCGGAGGUGCAGCGGGCCUAUAAAAUAUUACAGGCCAAGCCAUAUUUAGGUCUGGCGGAGACGAUUGGUCAUAUGACCUAGGCAUUACUAGUUUUAUGUGAAAUUUAUUCUGUGCAUUUUCCUUUUAGGCCAGAGCUACACAGUGACCUUUGUCAGGUAGCCGGAUGUGUCCUGUGUACAUUACAGCACCAGCUGUGGCUUGUGGACGUUAGAAUAAGGGGUUUGCUUUUUUUUUUUUUCUCCAGAAACAGCGCCCCCAUUGUCUAUGGGCUAUGCCUGGAACUGCAACUGCAUGGCGCUGUUUACGGAAAAAAAAAAUCAGCCAUCCCAGGGAUAAGACUGCAAAGCUACAGGCAUGGCUGCCCAUGAUAAAAGUCACUGUAUAGCUCCAUCCCAGGGGGAGAAGGAAGGAAGGAAGGAAACGCCUCUGCUGAUGUAGCAUGCACAGGAGUCAACAUUUGCUACUUAUUAAGCAAUUAGACAUAUUCAAAUGAUUUUUCUCUUAAACUUUGUAAUUGUGGUGACUGUGAAAUGCAUGGUUCAUUCCCGGUGCGUAUCUCUUCCCGCAAUUACAUCCUGAAGACAUGGAGAUGAAGUGGACGUGUUAAGAAAGUGUUUUAUUUAUUCCUAAACUUUAAUUUAGAUUUUAUUCUGUUUUUAGCCAUGUGUUCAAUAUGGAGAUUAGUUUUGCACAGAAACAAUACUGUACUUACGGUACCUUUUAUGUUUUCAUGGUAUGGGGCAGUGACGCUGCUUAUAUAUAUAUAUUGGGUGUUGUAGUCCGUAUAAGGGAACGGUCUGCAUAAGGAUCCCUUUCUAGUUUGUUUCCAGUUAUGCAAUCAAAAUUUCUGAUAUAGAUGUUCCUCAGAAUACAAUGACAUGUCACCAUCUCAACAGAUGCUUGACUACAUUGAAAUGAAUAGAAACCUAAUAGGAGAAGUUUGGGGGUGUUUUCCUUUUAUGUACAAAUCUAAAUAGGCACAGAAGACACACACUGCUAAGGCCUCGUUCACAUCUCCAUCAAGGAGAUCCGGCUGCCCGAUCCAGCACAAAUGACGGCUUUAGGACAGACAAUAAAAACCUUUGCAUGUCGAGAUCCUUACGGAAACCAAGAUUUUAAACAGCUGCAGACGAAGCUGGUAACUCUUGGUUCUGGUCCCCACACGAUCUCAAGAACGACCAUAUUCUGGUCCCUAGUUUCAUUGGGACAGUAAGGCCGCGUUCACAUCUGCGGGAAGCUGAUCCGGCACACAUGCCGGCUGUUGGCCGUACCAAAAGACCAUUGCAUGCAACAGCUUUUGUCUGACGGAAACCCAGAAUUUAUGCCGGAAAGCAGCCAGAUCACCAGCGUUGAAGUAGAUAAUCCGGUAUUGCUGGAUCCGGCAGGUUACUCUGUGCCGGAACAGCCUUCCCGAUCUCCUUGAUGGAGAUGUGAACGAGAAAUGCAGGAAGUGUUAUUAAAAAAAAAAAAAAACACUCCAGCACCCCCACUCCAAAGAUUCAAGCAGAUCCUGCAGCGGUGAUUCAUUCAAAGUGCAGGAAAUUAUUUACCACUGUUAAACCCUCAGCCGCUGCCACACUACUCCGUUGGUGCCCCUGCAGCGAUCAUGUGAAGUACAUCAUUCAUGUCACCACUGCAGCCAAUCACUGGUCUCAGCACUCACAUGCUAUACAUGCAAGUGUGACCGGAGACACCAGUGAUUGGCUGCAGCAGUCAUAUGAAUGGCAGGUGGAUUUAACAGGGAUUUAUCAUAUCUUGCGCUUAGUUCAAUUUCUUAAAAUCCCAGGCAGCUCCUUUAAAUGGCAAAAUCUGUAAGGUGUUCUAAUAAAGCUAAGGUAGUAGGCGUCUUUGCUCAGAAGACUGGCGUUCUGUAUACCACUGAAAGUGGGGUCUUUCACCAAGUCAGGAGUGCCAAAUGGUUGCACGUGUCAUCAUUUUCUCACCUUUUGACUCUUUAGAAGUAGAAAACAGGGUCUAAAAGUGUCACUUAAAGGGGUUUUCCGAGAUUUUAAUACUGAUGGAUAGGUCAUCAGUAUCUGAUUUGUGGGGGUCUCACGUUUUUUUCUAGGCCAGUGACGACAUGAUCAUCGGUCACGU